AUGUUCAAGCCGCUCGUUCUCCUCACCCUCAUGAUCGCUACGUCCAGCGGCGGAUGGGUUUUCGAAUCAUGCGUUUGGCGUCCGACGCUCGCAUGCGGUGGAGGAGCUCUGGGAUGUGGAAUCGAAGGCCGGGUCCAAGUCGGAACAGCAGCACGUUCUAAGGAGGACGCAGCCGUCUUCUGGACUAAACUGAAGAAGAGCCAGGACGUCAGAGGAAAUCUGGACUCGUUCGGGACGCCCUGCUACGGCGCAGAUGAUGGAUCGUUUGGUCCAAAUGGAAAACGAUUCUGCUGCUGCAGUUCGAGCCUUCAG